UCUAGGUUAGUAGUGACAACUUUAUAUCCAUCUGACAUAUAAAGUGAGAUUGUCGCGGCAGCGUUUCUCAUCGAAUGCGUACAGCAAACGUCACUACAUCUUAUCCUGCGCUGUCGUUAUCGCGACUGUGUCCGACGGCUCUGUUUCCCGCUAGAUUACGCUCGAUGCCGCACGAAGGCAAUUACGUUUGGAAAAGGUCAUGACCACACGGCGGCUGGAAAUUCCCAAACAGGACGAUGCUUUCGCGCAUCCUGCCUCGCGCAAUUUAUGAAAGUGAUAACCAACAAACACAUGGCUCAACGUUAUGCUCGGGAGACAAAGCGGCUGUAAUAGAAAAGACCGAGGUGGAAAAUUUCUCGAAAGUCAACGAAUCCUGCCAAAGGAGAAUUUACAGUUCAUUGUUUAUUUUGCCGUGCGAGGACAGGUGCGUUGCGCAGCCUAGUUCGCAGUUUGCAUUGCGUUUUGCAAGUCGCACACGCGGCACAUAUUCGCGCUAUGACAGUGGUGCAGUGAAAAUAUACAUAAUGGGGGUGGAGACGCUCCUCGAGGGCGCCCGAGGGAUAUCCGCGACGAAGAGCGACGAGACGCGCGAACGAACGGAACAAGGACACGGCAAGUGCGGGUGCGCGUCUGCAUGCGCCGUUGCAGAAACUCCGUAGUACCGCAACCCGCCACUCGCCGCCGCCUCGGCGCCACAGUCUCUCUCUCCGCAUGUUCGGAGCCGGCUGAAACGCUCCGUACGUCUUCGAUACAUUCGUCCAUCCACUCGCCUCCUGCAGAAUGGUACUUGCAGACGCGACGUUGGCGGACAACCAUCACCGUCACCGUACCUUCGCGACAAACGGUAAUCCGGAAGGUAUUACGAUAUGUAACUUAGUGGACGGUGAGACCUUGACGUACAGCUUAGCCCUGAUAAGAGGUCGAGCACCCGCUCUAUGCAGCUACAUCACCGUUCGGGGUUACAAAAACGUGACUUCGGAGUGGCCGAUCAUCGCGGGACAAUUCCGCGUUCUGGUGGACUUGGCGCGUGGAUCAAACAAAUUAGAACUCGAAGCAGGCGGGCACAAAAGGAGAUUCAUUCUGAUAUACGAACCCAGAACUACUAGGCUACGAGUGACACCAGUCUAUGUUAUCUGCGCCGGUCAUGACGGUUAUUUCCAAGGACCACGAGGUGAGGAUCGAUCACCUGAAAGUGCGGCAACCAGAAUAGGACUCGGUGCCAGACUCCUUCAAACUUUGACAGCCGAGAAACUUCGUGAGGCCGGUUAUAGUAGAAAAACCUUUCAAUUAGAAAGAGACCUGGACGGCCCGGAAUGCUUGGUGAUGCACAGUAUGCUUCACGUGGACCGUGCUCGGGCGAUGAAGCAAAGGGAGCUCUGGGAGCUGAUUGCGCGCGAACUAAUGACCGGCCCUUUAGCGUCCAGAGAUCGCAAAUAUUUAGCGUUUCUCUCGUGUACGAGAUAUUGUGGUGCACCUAGUCCUCGUACGCACGAAGACACCUUAGCGAGAACACAAGGUCAUGCUGCUCUCGGCGGAGGUGGUUUAGCGCUCUUCGGUUCAGCGUGUCUUCACACUUGGCCUACGUGUAUGGCUCAGGUAUUACCGAGAUUCUUGGAUGCGACUAUCGUAGACACCGAGCAGCUCAUGGACGACAGUAACUACCGCGGCACUCACGGCGGUUGUUUAGCAACAACGUUAGGUUCCGUUCUACACGAACUUGGUCACACCUUCGAUCUUGGCCAUACUCGAGAGGGAAUAAUGGGUCGAGGAUUCGACUACGUCGACAGGGUUUUCGUAGGCGCGGCUGGAAUCGACUUCAAUCGUAAUCCCAUCAGAAGGGAUCCUCAACAUACUACUGUCGCUCUUAGCAGACCUCUUAGCGUCACGGUGACUGUACAAGAAUCCGUACUCUCGAGCCCACGACGAGGUAGAUUACUCUCGGAGACAUCUAGACCAACACCGCCGCCUACCUCCAGGCAGUUGCCCGGAAGACUUUCGGCACCGGCUAGCCCUGAACUCAACAGAUCGCUCACUAAAAGUCUGAUCGCCUCGGAAUCUCUUUCGCAGUCUGACCGAACGUUCUGGGGACCAUCGUGCGCGGUGUUACUUGCGUAUCACCGCUGGUUCAACAAUGAAAUGAACAAUUUUUCCAACAGACAUCAUCACGAGAUAAAUUACGAUGGAAAAAGGAACGUGGUAAGAUCACGAUACGGAAUACGUGUCAUAGAGCUUAGGGAGACUUCAGGAGGAAUGGUUGUGGGUUGUCGUCAAUUUCCUGGCUCGCGACCACCUUUGGAGGCCUUAGUACCGUCACCUCCACCUCACUGCCUCACUACUCUCACUCUCGUAGCGGAAGACUCCACCGGGAAUAUACUCAAACAUCCUCUCCCCACUGCCUUUUAAAGGUCAGUAGAAAUAGUGAUAGGUAGAUUUACCCCUCCAACCAGGCGAAGGUUGUUACACCAAAAUAAGCAAUAGUGGCUUAAUAUACACAACUGUAACAUACACAAUGAUCUCUCUCCAAAGAUAUUUUAUCUUUCUACUUUUCCUCAGUUUCAAAUUCAGUGCAAAAAUAUUUUAAUUAAACAAAUACUUUAAUUAAAUCCGUGUAAAGAAUAGUAAGCUUCCCUUUGCGUAACUAAUUUGUUGAUAAAGUUGUAUAGAUAAAUCUGAAAUAUUUUUUAGUCGUAUGUACAUUAUGAUAUAGCAAGAUAAACGUGAGAAUAUAACGGCGAACAAAAUUAUUCUCGUACAGAUUCGAAUUAUGCACCAUCAUCCGCGUUUCACAAUCAUUGUCAUCUUAUAUUUAAUCGUUGAUCAUUUUCGUUGCUCUAUGGAUAUAAUGAUAUGACAAAAUAAAUUCCUAAUUUCUAUUCAAGUCCCGAUACCUCGUGGCAAUAGUGCAAUAUUGACUUAAGGGGAUGCUGAAGCUGAAAACUUUACCGACAAAACCCAGACAACAUAAUGUCUAAAAUCGAGAAAUGUCUUAAAGAUCAUCUUUAAGAUGUCUUUCAGACGAUUUACGUAUAAAUGUCUU